AUUUGAUUUCUUGUUAAUUAUUUUUGAAACUCUGCUGCGCCCAUGAAUAAGAAGAAGGCAAAUCGUUUCCGUACAAAAAGAAAGAAGGGUGAUUCAAAGAAGGUCUCUCAUUAUUCACAGGCAAGCAAUCAAAAUGUUGAAAGGUGUCAGAAUUCAUCUCUAGUAGAUGAAACAGAGAAUGUGAACGAAGUGAGUCUUCUCCGACAGAAAAUUGUUGAAGCUAUAGACAAAUUGGAAAAGCAGAAACAAGACAAUCGGAAGAAACUGAUAGAUCUUCUUAUGAUGAGUGGCAUUCAAACUCCAGAUUUGCUAGCCAACCACACUAUUGGCGGUCCAAUCGAUUUCAUCAAGAUGAUAGAUGAGAAAAUUAAGGAGAUUGAUGCUAAGAUUGCUUCACUCAAUUGAUCAAAUGUUAUUUGAAAGUAUUUGUCAUGAUUAUGAAUAAAGUUUGUAGAUCUGAAUAAAACUCAUAAUAAACUUCUUUUUUAUUUCC